AUGGCAAUAGAUCUCUACUCAGAUACCACCAUGACAACAACAAGCCCCAGAAUCUCCUUCUCAUACGACCUCUCCCAAAACGACACCGUUCCAGUCGAACAGCUUCUCCGAUCACUCUCAUCCUCAAGCGUCGACUUCAAUUUCUGCGUUCAACAAAACUCCGACCUUCCUCACGCUUCCAUGGCCGACGAGCUUUUUUACAACGGUAAAAUCUUACCAACACAAGAAGUCAGAUCCAAAACGACGUCGUUGUUGUCGCAUCCACCGCCCCCGAAACAUGAGCAUUCACGAUCGCCUGCAGUGACGUCGUCAUUGGAGUUAGAAGAUGAAGAGGUUAAUAUGAAACAACAUAAUAAUAAUAAUAACAAUACGAAGUCGUUUUGGGGGUUUAAGAGGAGUAGUAGUUGUGGGAAUGGAUAUGCACGGAGUUUAUGUCCGAUUGCGUUGUUGUCUCGUAGUCAUUCAACUGGAUCUUCUUCUACUAGCUCCAAGCGAUCGUCGUGUUCGAAAGAGGUUUUGUUUCAGAAACCGAAUAGAAGUUUUCAGAAACCGGUUCCGGCUUCGGCUUCUCAGAAGCCUCCGUUGAGGAAAAGUGGUUACGGGUAUGGAACCGGGAGCGGGAAUGGAAUUCGGGUGAACCCGGUUUUGAAUUUGGGGUUCGGGUCGUUUUUUAGUAGUAAUAGUAAGAAUAAAAAUAAAAAGUGA